AGUUAUUCAACAGGAUUGGAGGAGAGGAAAAGAAGAAAAAAUUGAAUAUGUGGAGCCAAACAAAACGGCUUUUCCAAACAACGUGUUUUGAAAUUUUGAAUUUGUGUCACGCGCUCAUCUGGUCAUUUUGGGGAUUCCUGUUGAACAACUCUUUCACUGUCAUGUGUGCUAUUGCUUUGGAUGAUCUGGCAAAUUGCAAAUCGGACAAAGAGCUAAUCAACUGGGUCCGCGAAACUCUGUCGAGUCGCAGAUCAGUCGACGAGCGACACCUAUCCUCCAUCUCUCUUCCUGCACCUGGAUACCAAUCCGACGAUGCGUCCAGUGCCAGCAGCGUCGACGGCUCCACCGACACUUCAGAAGACUCGUCAUCCCUGUCAGACCCAGUCGGCAGGUCUUCUUAUCGCAAAAGAUUCUCUCCAGGACGCCGCAGGAAUAAGUCGUCCAAGAGCCGGAAGACCGCUGCUGCUGUCAUGGCGGCGGCCAAGGGACUCCGUUUGAGCUCUGUGAGCAAGGCCAUGAAUAGGUCGGAAAGGAAUGGGAAAAUGAGGAGGACCAGAGGAUAUGACGGAUUUCGCAGCAAGGAUGAAAGCAAUGAGCAGAAUUUGUCCCUGGAUGGGCAGUUGUGGUGGGAUGGAAGACUAACCUGCAGAUUGAUGAAUGUUUUAAUCCCUGGAUCAUGUCCAAGACCGGACUUGCUGGAUUCCACACAACACACAUCAAAUGUUGCACUUGCUUUGAAGCUCGCCAAAAGGUUUCUGGGCAGAAAACCAGAAAUGGAUGUGGACGACUUCAGGCAGCUGAAAUGUAAAUCCCUCUCUGGCAUCAAAGCAAAGCGUUGCUUCAGAAACUUCUUAUCCGACCUGCAAGCAAAGGCCGUCAUCAUACAACAACAAAUCUCCGCAGCGCAAGACUCAUCUUCACAAAGAUCUUCUAUUCAAAGCAAUAACGAUCAGUCCGGGGAAUUCGGCGCAAAAAUGCAAAAGCGUCACACUGUGUCACAGUUUCUGCUAGGAGAUGAUCUUUUGGCGGACUUGAGUUCAUUGGCGAAUGGCGAAAUGAGACGCAGGACCAGUGAUUCGGCUUUAGUGGAUGCCAAGAAACAGUCGGAAGCCGCUCAAGCCCUUCUUGAAGUGUCUGUCCCGUUUCUUAAGCCUCAGCUUUCUCGUCAAUCGAGCACAGGCCCUUCCCCGCCUCCAUAUGAGGUCAAAGCAGAAGGACCGGGUCUCAAGCAUGCCCAACAAUUCCGCAAAGCCGAAUUCAACAUCAGAUACUGCGGCUCAGCUUCGGAUUGCGGUAGCCAGCAAUUCUCCUGGUUCGUCACUCCACCUCACGGCAGUGGACAACCUGAGAAACCAUCUCCAACAGUUGUCACGCCUGCUGUGAGCUGCUCUCCUUGCACCGGAGGAGAUUUUGCGAGGAUCAUGGACCUAGUGGUGGACAUUAAAGGACCCCGGGAGAAUUUCUGCACUGAGCACUUGACUCGACGAUCCCCUCGGCAAAGGCCAGCCAGAGAUGCCGGAUAUUGUCAAAGUUGCACAUCGGACGCACAUUUAGCGUCACUCUGGCGCCGCAGGACCUUCUCUAGCAUGGAAGAUCUCGACUCUCCCAAAGCUUCAUCCAUCAGCAAGCCCACAAAACCACCGCUUUGUCGUCACUCAGCCGCAAUUUGUCUCUCGAGCAUACCGUAUGAGUACGAAAUCCUGAGCAGAUGCGUCGUCUUUCGUUACACACCUCAAAGUUCAGGGGAACACACCGUUUCUCUAUUCUGGGGAGGACGUCACAUCGCCGGAAGCCCAUUCCGUGUACGCUGCUCUGCCGCGGCAACGACUUCGGUAGGGAAGGCCGCAAGUUCAAAGGGAGCAGACUUCUACUUGCGCAGAAAUCAAAGUUGUGCUGUCAUGAGCAAUAAAUCUUUUCCUGUGGAUCCAGCAACAGCCAAAAGGCGUGAGCGAUUCAAGGCUCAAAGAAAUGUUUUGAGCAGUGCGGAUAUCUAUGCAACCCGGGCUGACCUUGCGAAAGCGUCGCGUUUACUAAAACUCCAACAAGAGGCAGACAGUGACAGCGCAGUGCCCCCAUCUACUCAGCGUCAGCGCAAAAAGAACAACUUGACCCUGCUCCUUGCACGAAUGCGACCAUCUUCCACUUCAGAAAACACAGAAAUGCCUAUUUUGAAUACUAAAGCUCCUCAAAGGGUCAUGAACAGGCAAUGCAGUGAAGAAAGUUUAGUUCUCAGAAGGCGCUCAAUGGAGAAUUCAUCAGCUGAAGACCCGAGAAAAAUAUCUGCUGAAGGACUUUUGGGUGGCUCUAAUAAGGCCUUUUUUGUCAGACCUGUGAGAGGCAAGAGGGUCUUGAGGAGAACUGUUUUUCUUGGACAACAACAGCUUAAUAUA